GGGAGAGACUCAUGGUGCAUGAAAUCUGUAGAACAUAGAAAGAGCUGGAACUGAUAUAUGUUCCCAAUAUAUAUGUGACUCGGUGGCUAUUUGUGACAUAUCUAGCUAGUUAGCUAGCAUCCGUUCUGGGUGUCCACCCUACUGAAAGCAUUUGGGGCUUUGUUUUAUACACCUAAGGUGAUCCAUCAUCCUGCAAAAGAUUUGCACCAGCAUGUCUGUCUCUGUAAUAAUCAAAUGGGGUGGUCAAGAGUACACUAUUAGUUCCUUAUCUGAGGAGGACACUGUGAUGGACCUGAAGCAGUCCAUCAAAUCUCUGACAGGUGUUCUCCCUGAACGCCAGAAGCUGCUGGGGCUGAAAGUGAAAGGUAAACCGGCAGAUGAUGAUACAAAACUGGGCAUCUUGAAGCUUAAGCCAAACACCAAGAUCAUGAUGAUGGGCAGCAGAGAGGAAAGCCUGGAAGAUGUUUUGGCACCACCUCCUGAAAGCGAUGAUGUUGUCAAUGACUUUGACAUCGAAGAGGAGGUGAUCGAAGUCGAAAACAGAGAGGAGAAUCUGGCUAAAAUAGCUCGCCGUGUCAAAGAGUACAAGGUGGAGGAGUUAAACCCACCAAGAGAAGGGAAAAGAUUACUUGUGCUGGAUGUUGAUUACACAUUAUUUGAUCACAAGUCUUGUGCAGAAUCGGGGCAGGAGCUCAUGAGGCCCUUCCUCCACGACUUCCUGACCUCGGCGUACGAGAACUAUGACAUUGUCAUCUGGUCUGCAACAAGCAUGAAGUGGAUUGAAGCCAAAAUGAAAGAGCUAGGUGUGACCGACAACCCCAACUACAAGGUCACUUUCAUGCUGGACAGUGGGGCUAUGAUCACAGUGCACACCCCCAAGCGGGGGGUAGUGGAGGUGAAGCCACUUGGAGUAAUAUGGGGAAAGUACAGUGAGUUUUACAACAGGAAGAACACCAUCAUGUUUGAUGACAUUGGAAGGAAUUUUCUAAUGAACCCACAAAAUGGACUCAAGAUUAGGCCGUUUAUGAAGGCCCAUUUAAACCGGGAGAAAGACAAGGAGCUACUGAAACUCUCUCAUUACCUAAAAGAGAUUGCCAAACUAGAUGACUUCUCAGAACUUAAUCACAAACACUGGGAAAGGUACCUCUCAAAGAAACCAAGUCAGUGAAGUCCCAACUGCACAGCUGGAGCGCUGACCCUUCCUCAAGAGCAGGUGGUGCUGAACACCCAUGUGCCCUGUCCAGACACCUCCCUGCCCCCAGGCCAGCUUCUCUCAUCUCCUCCUGUUCCACCAGGGAAGAAAGAGACCUUUCAGUUAUAUGUGAACGUUUUGUUUUAGCAAAUAACAGCACCAUGUGUAGCUAGUAUAAGCCCCCACAAACACCCCCUCCCUCUCUCCCCACCUUGCUGAGCCUCAGGACGACGCAUCAUGGUACUGAGGCCGCCGGGACACCUGGUGGCUUGAGGGAACAAAGGUACACGUGCAAGAAUUAGCAUACAAUUCCUGCUGCAUCUGUGCUGCUUGGUUAAACCCUCCUCACAGACGAGGCAAUAGAUCACUCGCCUGUGUUCCCAUGGACUUACGCUGCUGUAGAUUUCUGCUCUGUCAGUUCAAGUCACCCUUUGUUUGGUGAGUUGUGGCAGUAAUCCUUAGCCCCCUUCUCAAUUAUAGCACAUGGCCUUUACCAUAUCCUCUUUGUUGUCCUAUAUGUGUUUGAGCCACAGAGCUGUGCAUUGUUUUAGGGCCAGCUUGGGUUCGGUUCACUAAACAUUUGAUUGAUUAGGUCUGUUUUGAGUGUCAGAUUUCUUUUUUUGGCAACCACGCACAUUCAGACCGUGUCCCUCAUUGUGGUCAACAGUUCAGUUUGCAGUCAUUUAUUAAUUAGAAAUGCCUGUAGGUGUAUAGAGCAACUGUUUGGCAUUUUCCAAUUAAUCCAUGGUCAGUUUCUGAUUACAGAGCCGCUGUUUGGCUGAAUGACACUGGGUGACAUUGAUGCAGACUUGAACUCGAACAACACUGCUGUGCCUGAUGAUGUGGGCAACACCCACAAUCAUGUAUGUCACCCACAUAUAAUCUGGUGCUGUGAUCAGAAACAUAACUCGGUAGCAAACUGGAUAGAGUGUGGCUGGCAAGUCGAGCAUGGAAGCAGAUGACUUGCAUUGUGUAGCUGUACACUUAUAAUGGUCACCUAUGACAUUGAUGUAACUGAUGAUGAGGCCAGUGAUUGUAGGCACAAGGUAGGUGCAUUUAAAAAAUACUGUAAUGAGAAUAAAUAAAACUUUUGCCAGAACCUUAGUGUACUGAAUGCUGCCUCUGUUGUGUAAUACUGAAUGGCACCUUAAUGAAGUGCUCUGACAGCAUCUGCAGGGAUGUUGUUGAAGUAAAGGUUGUGGUGCUUUGUUCUAGGUCAUGCAGGUUUGCCCUAUAAAUUCUCCCUGGAGCCUUGUAAAGAAGUCUCCCACAGAGCCUCACUGAACCUCUCAAAACAGAUCCAGUCAUCACGGAGGAUGUCUGGCAGGAUCCAAGCAAUACGAGGAUAUGCAGGGGCUUUUGGUCACACUUGCUAACAUUGCUCACACUGAUCACAAAAAAAAUCCUUACUGUUAAUGGGUUCCUGUUUUUGUUCAUUGUUUGUUUUCAAAAGAACAUCUUUCAGGCUUUGUCUUUACAGUAAUUCCUUGUGAUUUCACUCCACCCCCACACGACUGUCAUGAGCAGAUGUGCCAUGUUCCAAAAAGGAGAGGUCUAACCAAUAUAACGCAGCAGUGAGAAUAAGUGUAUGAAGUGGUUCUACAAAGACAUUAAAUACAGGACAGGAAGCGGCUAAAGGUUUACAUAAAUAUUUUUUUAAGAUUAAGAAGAGUAAGAUAUUUAUUGACAUAGCUAAUGACUUUGUAGUGUUACUUUUGUUUUGAGUGUUUGUUAGUUGUAUGUUUACUGCCAGCUUAAACUUGAUAAAUGCAAGCAAAUAAAGUGAAGAACAAGCUUUUUUGAGGACUGGCUUUUUUAUACCUGUGUAACACUUAAACUUUGCCAUGGGAUUGAGUUGUUGUCUGGGGUUUGUUUUGUUUUCUUAAUAUUAAAGUCUGUUUAGUUACCUCAAGUCCUGUCUUGGCCUGAGCCCCUUUCAUUUGAACAAGAAUCCAGAUGUGACCACCAAAUUUAUGGAUACAACCCAAGUGUAAUCAAAAAAGAAAUGAUUUUAUAAGAUGUCAUGCACAUUACAGUUUAUUGUUACAGAUAUCAAGAUGUUUGUCUUUACUGUUUCUGAUUAAGCACAAUAAAGCAGUUCUUUCUUUAAA